UACAUGAGAAUAUAUUAAACUAAGAAUUGAAUACUUUUAUCUAUGAUUGCAACAAUUCCUAACGUUUACACGCAGGAAUGGCGUUGCUAUUGAGGUUCAUGGCAAGAGUCAAUGAAGAUGCCAUUUAAUUGAGUACAUUGGACUGACCGAUUGACAACACAGCAAACCAUAAUUUGUGUUGCAGAAACAGAACCAUGGUUCCUAACUACUCUGUUGUUUUGUUUCUCAUAUCCACUGCAGUCGUUAGAGUAACUGGUGAGGAUGGUGAGGAUGUGAAUGCAAUGGCCAAGUUCUACUGCUAUCAGUGCAACUCGCAGACAGAUCCUGACUGUUUCCGACUCUCAGGCAAUGCUUCCAUCACUUAUUACAAGCCUUGCAAUCGUCCGAUUAUUGAUGAAUCUCUUAGAGAUUCCUUCAAUGGAUAUUUCUGCAGAAAAAUUUCUCAAAAAAUUUACCCUCGAGACGAUCUGGAGGUGAUAGUGCGGAGUUGUGGCUAUGUCCGGCACGAGUCCAACUGCUACCAAGUUCGUACCAACGAUCACCGAGAGACGGUGUGCCAGUGCUUCAGUGAUGGCUGCAACCCUGCUACGCGCACGUCACAACCUGCUCGAUUACUGCUGGAAGUGGCCACACUCAUGUGUGCAUCACUAGGACUGAUGAUCUCUCAUCCAGUUAUCGAUAUUUCAUAAGAUAUGUUUACUAAAAUAUGUUGUUAAUCAAUAAAUGAUUACACAAAGACAAA